GCCCCUUGAUGUCCCUCUGGUCCCCACAGGGCACCAGCGACUUCUGCGUGGCCCCAGACAAGUUCAUCAUGAACCAGACAGACGACGAGAUCAGUGCAGUGGUGGCUCACUAUUACCUGUACUGUGACCAGAGCCUGAGCAACCCCUUCCAGCAGGUUCUCACCGUCUUCCAGCGCUCGCUCACCACGAUGCAGAUCCAGACCCAGGGUCUCAUCCAGUAUGCACUGCCCCUCUUCCCCACAGCUGAGAAAGACCUUUUGGGGGUUCAGCAGCUCCUCAACUCCUCAGAGACCAGCCUGCACCAGCUGACAGCCCUGCUGGACUGCCGUGGGCUGCACAAGGAUUACCUGGACGCCCUCAUCGGGAUCUGCUACGACGGGGUGGAGGGGCUGCUCUACCUGGGGCUCUUCUCCCUGCUGGCAGCUGCCUCCUUCUCCACCAUCAUCUGCGCUGCCCCCCAUGAGUGA